AUGGAGCAGCACUUUGAUCUUCUCUCGCAAGAUGAUCUCUUCUUGUCAUUAUUGUUUGAUGUUCCUCAAGUAUCGGAUUCUAAAUAUGCUAAAGAAUUGCAGUUUCUGGAGUUUUUGGAAGUCUCCUGCGUGAUGAAUAUGAAUCCUUCGAAAAGAGAUAGUGGGUCUUCCUCGUCUUUGGUGGUUGUGACUGCUCACGGCGACGGCAACACGACGGCAGCGAGAACUCGAGACUACCGUGUCUCCAAUGGAGGCUCGACGGAGGCUAUGAUGGCCUCUCAAGCUCUCGUCCAAGGCUGGUUCGGCUUGGCUGAGCUUGCCAGGCGAGCUGGACAGGGCUGGUUUGUUGGCGUGAGGAGGGGAGGAGACUUGGUGGAUGAAAAUGGCGUGAAGGAUGCUACUAGGAUGGGCGAAUGGCAAAUCCUCCCUGAGAAUGUUCUCUACAUCGGGCAGAAAUCGCUGUGCGAGGCAAUGUUUCUCGACUCGCAGAAGUUCUAUCGCCCUUUCCAGAACCGCUCAGCCCUUUUGAUCAUGGACUAUGAUGAUGGGCAGGUGAUUAGAGAGAGUGAGCGCCCAUAUUGCCAUAGGUUGUUGUGCGCCGAGUGUUCCGUGCCGUGGCACGCUGGCGUGUCACGCGAGGAGUUUCAGUCACUGAAUGAAGAUGAGAGAGGGAUUGAGGAUCUCAUUGUGAGGGAGCUUGCAAAGGAGAGGAAAUGA